GACAACAUUCUCGAUUUUCUCUCUCUACGGUCUCUCUCUCCUAACAAAACAACAUGCAAUAUCCCUACAAGCGACUCAAGCUCUCCGAUACCCAGCCCGACGACCCGGCCACACUUCAAUUUCAGUCUCCGCCGCCGCCUCACCGCCUUACCCAAGACCAAGAAUACGCGGUAAUGGUCUCCACGCUUCGAAACGUCGUCGCUGGAACAGCCACAUCAGCCACCAUGGACUUGAAUUCUCUCCUCCCUUCACACGCCACUUACUACAGCAACACUCUCUUGGCGCCGUCCGAUUUGGACACCUGCCACGUCUGCAAAAUCAAGGGGUGUCUCGGGUGUAUUUUGUUCCCUCCACCGCCAGCAGCUCACUCUCAGGAGGAAAAGGGAGGUAAUUACAAAAAGGGGCCGAAGAAGAGGGUGAAGAAGAACUACAGGGGAGUGAGGCAGAGGCCUUGGGGCAAAUGGGCAGCCGAGAUUCGAGACCCGAGACGGGCGACUCGGGUCUGGCUCGGCACGUUUACAACCGCCGAGGACGCGGCCCGAGCCUACGACAAAGCUGCAAUCGAGUUCCGUGGGCCCAGAGCAAAGCUCAAUUUUCCGUUUCCGGACACAACAUUGUUGGCCCAAGAAAGUAAUUCAACUCAACCACCACAUCAACAGCAGCAGCAAGUAGUUACCGAGCAGGGAAACAAAAAUGUCGAAUUUUCCAGGGAAGUCGAAACGACGGCGAUUUUGAAGGAAAAUGAGCUCUGGGAAAAGAUUGGGGAAGAGGAAUUCCAACAGUGGAUGACGAUGCUGGAUUUUGCUACUGAUAAUUCCUCAGAUUCGGGGAAUGCUCAUAGUAUUUGAGUACAAUAAAAUUCAUAUUCUUUUGAUUUUUUUGUUUUUGUUUUUGUAAGACAUAAUUGUAGCUUGUAUGUGACUGAAACAAGUUCAUUUGUUCUUUCAAUUGCCAAUGAUGCGAUCAAUUUUUAUGGAAAGUCAACAAGUUUAAAUUAA